CCGCGUCUGGAUGGUACGCUCCGGUCCUCCUGGCCCGGCUGCAGUGGAUGUUGCUAGAACCCACACGGAGGAAGGAAGAGACGCAGGCAGGCUGCGGUGACCCAAGCGGCCGCCCGUGCCUCAGGGACCCCUUCCCGGAGAGACGGCGCCAUGACACAGGGAAAGCUCUCUGUGGCUAACAAGGCCCCCGGGACAGAGGGGCAGCAGCAGGCGAAUGGUGAGAAGAAGGAGGCUCCAGCAGUGCCUUCGGCCCCACCCUCCUAUGAGGAGGCCACCUCUGGGGAGGGGCUGAAGGCAGGAGUCUUCCCGCCAGCCCCCUCGGCUGUGCCUCUCCACCCCAGCUGGGCCUAUGUGGACCCUAGCAGCAGCUCUAGCUAUGAGAGUGGUUUCCCCACUGGAGACCAUGAGCUCUUCACCACCUUCAGUUGGGACGACCAGAACGUUCGCAGAGUCUUCAUCAGAAAGGUCUAUACCAUUCUGCUGAUCCAGCUGCUGGUGACCUUGGGUGUCGUGGCUCUCUUUACCUUCUGUGACCCCGUUAAGGACUAUGUCCAGGCCAACCCAGGCUGGUACUGGGCAUCCUACGCCGUCUUCUUCGCGACCUACCUGACCCUGGCCUGCUGUUCUGGACCAAGGUAUGAUGACGGCUUGAGGAGCAGCAUGGCUGUGGGAAUGAGGCAUUUCCCCUGGAACCUGAUCCUCCUGACCAUCUUUACCCUGUCCAUGGCCUACCUCACUGGGAUGUUGUCCAGCUACUACAACACCACAUCUGUGCUGCUGUGCCUGGGCAUCACGGCCCUCGUCUGCCUCUCGGUCACCGUCUUUAGCUUCCAGACCAAGUUUGACUUCACGUCCUGCCAAGGUGUGCUCUUCGUGCUGCUCAUGACUCUCUUCUUCAGUGGACUCAUCCUGGCCAUCCUCCUGCCCUUCCAAUAUGUGCCCUGGCUCCAUGCAGUGUAUGCCGUGCUGGGAGCAGGCGUGUUUACGUUGUUCCUGGCAUUUGACACCCAGUUGCUGAUGGGUAGCCGACGCCACUCGCUGAGCCCUGAGGAGUAUAUUUUUGGAGCCCUCAACAUUUACCUAGACAUCAUCUAUAUCUUCACCUUCUUCCUGCAGCUUUUUGGCACCAACCGGGAAUGAGGAGCCCUUCCCACCCCCCACUUCCUUCAGAGAAUGCCCCCUUGCUGGUCCUCUGACCCCCCCCACCCUGUGCUCCUGCCAGCCCAGAUAUAAAGCUAGUUGCCAGCCCAGCCUUUGGCCAGCCUGCUCACUUCCCUCAGCCAGCCCUCAUCCUCACCCUCUGCAGCUUGUACCCAUGCCAUCAGGGGCCCUGCGGUACCCAGGUCACACCAUCCCCUGUGUUGCCCCUUCCCCCCAGUUAUAUCUCCCAAACUGAGACAGUCGAGGCUGGAGGUUCCUCUGGGUUUGAGGACCCAAGGGAUGAGUGGGAGAAGCCCAGCAGGAUUUCAGAGGUGGGAAAAAGAUCCCAGGAAGCCUGGCCGAGGCCUGCAGCCCCACCAUGAUUCCUCCUGAAGUUGCCACAGCUGUAGGACUAUGGGGCACACUGUCCCGUGCCCACCCCCUGCCUCCUCUCCCUCCUUCCAGGUUAGGUUUUGACAUUCGGUAAGAAAGGGGUGGAGAGGACAACUGGGAGACAAGAUGUGGGUGCUCUGCAGUGGGGGGAUGGGGAUAGUGGGUGAACAGGAUGGCUGCUCCAGGCUGCCUAUCUUCUCUCAGCUCUGGGACCAGCGGCUUGUUCUAGGCACCAGAGCCCUGCAGCAGAGAGAGGGGCAGGAAGCCAGUACCAUCUGUGCUUGCCUUGGUUUACCCUCCUGGGUCAUGACACAGAGCUGUUGGGGCAGGAGGUGGGGGCAGGGGCCCUGCUACUGAGUGGGGACCUGUCCUGAGGCUCCGUGGGAGGUGGGAGCAGGCAGCCAACCAGCUGGGAGGCCUGGGCUCUGCAGCACCGCUAACUCACCCAGACCUGCAUCCUCCUGGGAGGCGUGGCAGGACUGAGACCAACAUCUGCUCACCUCUUCUCUUAAACUCCCAGGCUGUUCCCACAGACCUGAGGCUGAGUGAGGGCUUGGGCCCUGGAGGACCGGGUGUUCUAGGGAAGGGAGGCUUAUCUAGCAACUGAGCCAGCCCCAUCAGGAGGGAGUCCGGCCCUGCCUCCAGCCCUUCCCCAUGGUCUUUCUGCCCAUCUCACUUCCUAAAGCCUCCCCCCAUCCUCUGCCAGUUGCUGGCUUAUCCCCAGUCAGGCCUCCUGAGGCCUCCAUUGGCAGUGCCCAUGUCGCCGUUUCACUCCUUAUCUCCUCAUCUCUCCAAUUUGGAAGCCGUCCAGCUGAUGUUAACAACCAGGGCAAGUCCCUCCAGCUGGUCCCCAUGUGAUGGGGUCGGGUCUCCUUAUCAGCCUCUGGGCGGCUGAGAUCUCACGCAGGGUGUGCGUCAGCCACCCAGCCCCCUGCAAGUCUGCUGGGGAGUGGACCAGGGGGCACACCUGGGGGAAGCGUGCAGCCUGCCCUUGCUAGCGGCUAACUGGGCCAGUGGAAAGUUACUGUGUGGAGUCGGGGAGGUUCAGAGUGGAUACCUGGACCCUUCCUUGGCCUCUCCCUCCAGGGUUGCCUCUCUCCCCAUAUGCCGGUGGCUCUGUUUGCCCCUGGGGGUGGGGGGAUAACUAGGUAUGUUAUCUAUGUGCUCCUGAUCCCUCCCUCUCCGCCCUUCCUAUUUCCAACUUGUAAGAAAUAUUGCAGAAGCAUUUGAAGUUUUGUUCCAUCUCGGGUAUGAGGAGAGAGAGAACCAAGAAUGGAUGGCGGUGUUGGUGUGUGAGAUAAAGGCAACUGGGAGCACAGGUGGGAUGCGCCCCGCGUGCUGGUCUAAAUUAAUCCAUACGGCAACCCUGCGAGGGUGGUACUCAGUGCAUCCCCAUUGCAGAGAGGAAAGCUGAGGUGAUGGAAGGCUAACAGACUGGAUGGGGGCUGGAAUGAGACUGGAUGGUCAGGCCCUGACAGCUCGGGGGAUUCGUUGUCCUCAUUACCACCCCUGGCCUUCCCUACUCACCCCACCCCAGUUACCACCACCAGAUUUUGUACUCUGUAGUUUCCACCUUCUAAACACAAGCUGGGAAGCAGGAUUCUGGUGUCUGAUUUCCAGCCUCAUUGCCAACGGGCUCAUGGUAUUAAGCAAGUGUUUCUUACUGACUGUGAUUCAGUUUUCCUGUCAGCAAGAUGGAAGACCGUGGCCAGAGUGCCGCAGAGACAGGCACCAGAACAUUUAUUUGCACUGACUUCCUUAUCCAGUUGCCACCUGUCCUCCGAGGUCCCCUCGAUUCCUCUCCUAAUCUCCAGUUCCAGUGCUAGAGGGGUUACUUCCCCCACCCCUUGCCCUAUAAUUCUCAGCCUGGGCCUUGGUCAUGCUUCCCAGAAUCCACUUGUCAAAGCCCUCCUCUUCCUAGGACAGUUUAUGCAGAAUUUGGGGUUUAUGCAGCUUUUCCAAGGCUGAGCUCCAAAAGCGUGAAGGGGAAGGCAAGCACUCAGCAAUAGACAAUGUGACAGGGCAACUCAGGGCCAUCGCACAGCAGAGUAUGCUGCGGAGUCCCUUAUUCUGGGUCCUGAGAGGGGUCCAGGACAUGCUGAGCUGGCAGCAGAGCCAGGGCUGAGGCUCCUGUGUUCCUCCUGCACUGAAGCCAUGAGGCACCCCAGGGACACCUGGAUGGGCCUUGGAAGGAGGAAGGGUGGGGAACAGGAAUGCAGGAUUUCAAGAAACAGAGAAUCCGGAGCUGGGCAGGUGGCACAAGCUGCCGAGGAGGAGAGGAGCCUGCUUCCCUGCCCAGGAAGGGGUGGGUUGGAUUUUAUAAAACUGCAGGCAGCCGAGAAUCUGACCAUCUGUGAUGCAGGUCAGAGGUCUCUUACUGAGGGGAAAACAGAGCAAAAGAUCCUCUCCUGGGGAUUGUAGAUGGGGGGCCGGGGAGGUACACACAGGUCCCUGGCCUCUAGCACCGAUUCCCAGGCUCAGGUGUGGCGCCUGUAUCGCCUGGGGAAGCCCCUGGAAUCUUGGUUCUGCCAUCCUCAUCUUUUGCUCCUGGGGGCAUCAGGAUCAGACAGACACCCUUGUUCCAAAAGGCUCCACCUCUCCCCUCCCUGGCCCACCUGGGAUUUCACUCAAGCACUUUGCUGCCCCUCAGUGGCUGCCUGAGGAAAAGCAGGGCCUGGUUCUGCAGGCGAGAAGCAGAAAGAUGUGCGGCCUGAGGUUUGCGGGCCGGAUCUGGCCACUGGCCUUUAUUCCCUGCUCUUCUCGGAUCAUCCCAGACCACUCUCUGCCUCAGCCUCCUGCUGUUCCCUUUAGUCCAGCCACUGUCGUAUCUCAGACACUGUUUACCUGUCUGUUGGAAUCACCCCUGUGCCACCCAGGCCCAGAGCUUUCUCUCGAGUGUCCGAGGGCAGAGACACACCCCCAGAAACAAGCCCUUCAGGCCUCAGCUCCUCCAAGUUUCCUGGGAUCUGCGCUGUUCCUUUCCCUGGCCUCACCUUCCUGGUCCAUGACUGACAGGAGAUAAGAAUAAAAGUAAUAAUGACACCCGAA